CGCCGAAGUCUGUAUGGAAUUACCUGCGCCCGCGGCGGAGCUGGCAGCGGUGGAUGGAUGGGCGCCGCGUCCGCGGCACUGGCGGCCAGCUCAGCCCCAGGAGUAAACACGGGGCUUCUCCGGCCGAGUGCGCAGAGUGGUGACCGGCACUCGCCUCGCUGACGGAUCGCACCGGAGGGAUAUUUCGGGAGACUCCUGUGGGAAGCAGUCACGGAAAGACAGAAGAUGAAAGCUCCUAUUCCUAACUUGAUUCUCUUGUAUGCUACUCUAACUCAGAGCUUGAAGGUUGUGACCAAAAGGGGAUCAGCUGAUGGAUGCACUGACUGGUCUGUGGAUUACAAGAAAUAUCAAGUUCUAGUGGGAGAACCUGUUCGUAUAAAAUGUGCACUCUUUUAUGGAUAUAUUAGAGCUAAUUACUCCCUAGCCCAAAGUGCUGGACUUAGUUUGAUGUGGUACAAAAGCUCUGGACCCGGAGAUUUUGAGGAACCUAUAGCUUUUGAUGGAACUAGAAUGAGCAAAGAAGAAGACUCCAUUUGGUUCCGACCGACAGUGGUACAAGACAGCGGGCUUUAUGCGUGUGUUAUAAGAAACUCAACUUACUGUAUGAAAGUGUCCAUUUCACUGACAGUGGGUGAAAAUGACACCGGACUCUGCUACAAUUCAAAGAUGAAAUAUUUUGAAAAAGCUGAACUUAGCAAAAGCAAGGAAAUCUCAUGCCCUGAAAUUGAGGAUUUUUUAUUUCCAUUUAGGGAGCCUGAAAUUCUGUGGUAUAAGGAAUGCAAGUCAAAGACAUGGAGAUCAAGUAUUGUGUUUAAAAAGGACACUCUUGUCAUUCGGGAAGUUAGAGAGGAUGACAUUGGAAAUUACACUUGUGAGUUAAAAUAUGGAUACUUUGUUGUCAGAAGAACUACGGAAUUAACCGUUACAGCACCACUAACAGAUAAACCACCAAAGCUUUUACACCCCUUGGAGAGUAAGCUAACAAUUCAGGAGACCCAGUUAGGCGGUUCUGCUAAUCUAACCUGCCGAGCUUUCUUUGGAUAUAGUGGAGAUGUCAGUCCUUUAAUCUACUGGAUGAAAGGGGAGAAGUUUAUUGAGGACUUGGAUGAUAGUCGAGUCUGGGAAAGUGACAUCAGGGUUCUCAAGGAGCAUCUUGGGGAGCAGGAGGUUUCCAUCUCGUUGAUUGUUGACUCUGUGGAAGAGGCAGACCUGGGGAAUUACUCGUGCUACGUCGAGAAUGGAAAUGGACGCCGACAUGCCAGUAUUCUUCUACAUAAAAGGGAGCUGAUGUACACAGUUGAGCUUGCUGGUGGGCUUGGUGCUAUUCUGCUGCUGCUUGUUUGUUUAGUGACUAUCUACAAGUGUUACAAGAUAGAGAUUAUGCUCUUCUACAGGAAUCAUUUUGGAGCUGAAGAACUAGAUGGAGACAACAAAGACUAUGAUGCAUAUCUAUCUUAUACCAAAGUGGAUCCUGACCAGUGGAAUCAAGAAACUGGAGAAGAAGAAAGAUUUGCUCUUGAGAUCCUACCAGAUAUGCUUGAAAAGCAUUAUGGAUACAAGUUGUUCAUACCAGACAGAGAUUUGAUUCCCACGGGAACCUACAUUGAAGACGUGGCAAGAUGUGUAGACCAAAGCAAGCGACUGAUCAUCGUCAUGACUCCAAAUUAUGUGGUAAGAAGAGGCUGGAGCAUCUUUGAACUGGAAACGCGGCUUCGAAACAUGUUAGUCACGGGCGAAAUCAAAGUGAUACUGAUUGAAUGCAGUGAACUACGAGGAGUUAUGAACUACCAGGAGGUCGAGGCCCUGAAACAUACCAUCAAGCUCCUCACUGUCAUUAAAUGGCACGGACCAAAAUGCAACAAGUUGAAUUCCAAGUUCUGGAAACGUUUACAGUACGAAAUGCCUUUUAAGAGGAUUGAACCCAUCACACACGAGCAGGUUUUAGAUGUCAGUGAGCAGGGGCCCUUUGGGGAACUGCAGACAGUCUCCGCAAUUUCCAUGGCUGCUGCCACCUCCACUGCUCUUGCCACUGCCCAUCCGGACCUGCGCUCCACCUUUCAUAACACAUAUCAUUCACAGAUGCGCCAGAAACACUAUUAUCGAAGCUAUGAAUACGAUGUACCUCCUACCGGCACCCUGCCGCUUACCUCAAUAGGUAACCAGCAUACCUACUGCAACAUCCCUAUGACACUUAUAAACGGUCAGCGGCCACAGACAAAAACUAACAGGGAGCAGAAUCCCGAAGAGGCUCACACAAACAGUGCGAUUCUGCCCCUCUUGCCACGGGAGACCAGUAUAUCGAGUGUCAUUUGGUGACCGAAAUGCAAGGGGCCGUCAACCCCCUUGAGUAGGAGCUGAGUCUGCAGUCCAGUGCCUGGAACUACAUCCUCGACUGCUGCUGUUAAACAUGCAUUACAAUCGAUAACAUACGAGGAAAAACAGGGUCUUGUACAUAUGGUUUUUGCAAUUUCUUUGUAGCAUCAGUCUUCCUGUUUUACCCAUGUCUCUUCCCAUUCACAUUUUCGACUUUGUUUUAUAUGUCAUUGGAAUUUGUAUAUUUACAUUUUUUUAAAUGAAGAGACUGCUGUAUAGAUAGGAAACUUUUUUGCUUCAUUAGUAUAGUUUUAGACUUUUGGUUUGUUUGGUUUUAACCUUUCUUGGGAAUGCUUGGACAAAGCUAUGUUGAUAUCAGAAGCACCAUCCAUUUUGUUGGCCUGCCUAGCCUGAUUCCUGAAGGCCAUGCCUGCUGCAGUUCACCUCUUUUGGAGAAUAUUUGUUCUUAGAAGGACCCCAUCCCUCACUGAGAGCUCCAGUUUCGUUUCUACUCCCGUAAUGUACACUGCUCCUUCCCCGCCCUUACAAUGAUCCCCGUUCGGGGUAACACUACAGUCUGAUCAUCUAACAUGUAACUUGGUAGAUACCUGUCAAACAACAGAAUAUACCCAAUCUGUAUCGGUUGCUUCACAGUAGUCACUACAGAGUGUGUAGAAACUA